CACAGACAGAGCUUCUAGACUAUAGGUAGAGGUAGAACUACUCCAGAACAGGAGCAAUGGAGAUAUGGCAAGCAACAAUACUUCUUCUUUCACUCAUGAUAGCCAAGGCAUUUGCAGAUCUUCAAAACCCUGGUUUUGAAUCACCACCAACAAACAUACCAAAAAACUCAAUAAACACAUUUGCGUCAUUGAAUUCAACAAUAAAUACCAUUCCAGGAUGGUCAUACCAAGGCACAGUCAAGUAUGUAACUUCUACUAGUCCUGGUGAACAUGCUAUAUAUUUAGGUCAAAAUGGAAAAAUUAAUCAAACAUUCAAAUCAAAUCAAGAAUCAAACCAUUAUUUACUUACCUUUAAUCUUCAACCAGCUCAAUCAAAUUGCUCUAACCCUACUAGUGUUGUUAUAUCUGGGCCAGAUAGAGCAGUUCGUAUUUUUUAUCAACAGAAAUUUGGGAAUGAUACUUGGGAAACUCAUGCUUGUUAUUUGGGAAGUCAUGGUAAUGGAGACUUGAUUAAUCUAUUUAUUGAAAAUCAAACAACUGAUCAAAGUAUGGAUGGUGAUGAUGAUCUUGGUGGUAAUACUACUGUUAUUACUAAUUGUGGGGUGGUUCUGGAUUCAUUCAUUCUCAAGAACAUUGUCAAUCCUAUCAAGAAUUCUGAAAGCAACUUCUUGCUAAAUGGUGGAUUCGAAUACGGGCCUGCAUUUCCCAACAAUUCCUUUGGCGGUAUUCUGAUUGAUGCAGAAUCAAGUCCAACUCAGUCUACAUUAAACCAAUGGGCAAUACUAGGUACAGUGAAAUACAUUUCUUCAAACAAGAACUAUAUAGUCCCAGAAGGAAAUGCUGCAAUCGAGAUUGUUUCAGGGGAAUCAAGUGGGUUACAAACAGCAGUUACACUAAAAAAAGGUACCAAGUAUGACCUGGAACUCGUAAUUGCUGAUGCCAAUGAUUCAUGUAUUGGUGAUUUCAUGGUGGGUGUUCAAGCAGGAUCAACUGGUAAAAAUUUCACAUUACAAAGUAAAGGAAUUGGUUCAUCGGAGGAAUUUACAUUGACAUUUGUAGCAGAUUCAAGUGUUACUCCUAUUAGUAUCCUAAGUUUCACAACAACCCAAACUAAAGAUCUUGUGUUUUGUGGUCCUGUGAUUGACAAAGUUGUACUUCUUGCUUCUUAUGGCUUGAAACUGCGAAUAAAGGUUCUUUUUGUUGGUCUUGGGUUUCUUGUAACUCUUACACAAUUUAUUGGGUAGAGAUGUUAGAUUAGAUAAAAGAAAGUGAUACUGCUACAAUACCAUUGGCGUUUUGUUUUUGUUGCCUAUUUGAUGUAUAGGGAGUAACAUUUUGUAUGAGAAUUGUCUCAGCUGAAUUCAGUUGCUUCAAAACAAAAAUAAAAUAACUGAAUUCAGUUUUGGUUUUGGUUAUUU